CAGUGGGAAAGGAUCCCGAAGUCGGUCACUUUUAAGGACCUGGAGGUAUUUUUAGUAUUUGUCUGGCCUCGGUAACCUUGCCGCGAUGUGGUUCGAGAUUCUCCCCGGGCUCGCUGUCAUGGGCGUGUGCUUGCUCAUCCCCGGAAUUGCCACCGCUCACAUUCACAGGUUCAGCAACGGGGGCAAGGAAAAAAGGGUUGCCUAUUAUUCAUAUCAGUGGUUUUUGAUGGAAAGAGAUAAGCGCAUCUCCAGAGUUAAUCGUUACUAUGCGUCAAAGGGUUUGGAGAAUAUUGAUUAAGGAAGCACUUCCUGAUUAAUGGAAAAUAACUCAGUUUUGCUCAUCUACCCCUGCUAGGAGGUUAUGCAGUGUAUUAUGUCAUGCAUAAUAAAAGUUAAAAAGUAAA